AUGGAUUUAAACUGUUUUAAAUUUGUCUUCAAUUCGGAAGGGUUUAUUCAAGUUUUUUGGGUUCGAGGUUUUCUUGUUCAGUUUGCGGCAUUUGUACUUACAAAUUUUGAAAAUAGUGAUAAAACUGGAAUACAGGAGAAACUUAGAAAAGAAGUUAAAGAAAAAAUUGGUUCAUCAAGUUUGAAUUUUGAGUCGGUGAAAGAUUUGGAACUUGUUCGGUCUUUUGUUUAUGAGAUUUUGAGACACAACCCUCCAGUCUCUCUUCAGUACGGCUGGGCAAGGAAGGAUUUUCAACUGAGUUCGCAUGACUCGGUGUAUGAUAUCAAGAAAGGUGAGGUUUGUGGGUACCAGUCUCAGGUAAUGAAAGACCGGAAGGUGUUUGAAGAUCCAAAGACUUUUAAAGCGGAGAGGUUUAUAGGUGAACAAGGAAGAGAGUUGCUGAAUUACUUGUACUGGUCAAACGGGCCACAGACUGGGUCACCCACAGAGUCCAAUAAACAGUGUGCAGGCAAAGACAUGGUUACUCUGACGUCGUUUUUGAUCGUUGCUUACAUAUUUCAAAGAUAUGAAUCGAUCAGUGGGGACUCUUCUUCAAUCACAGCCGUUGAAAAGGCCAAAUGAGCAGGCAUGUAAUGGUAGAGACGAGGAAAUUAGGGUACUUUCUGGAUAUUAAAGUAAAAGCAAUAAAAGUGAACAUGAGAUUAGUGGUGGCGAUGGUGUGGGCCAACCUGUCAUUUAAUUUAA